UUUUAUCAUUGGGCGACAACAAGGCUUCAGCAACUGCGUUAAACGAGACCCAUAUUCCGGAGUUUUGUGGCGCUAGCUUUUUACUCAGUGCUGAUACUGGCGAUGCUUUGCCACCUCAACUGCCUGGGAGGAUCCGAAUGAUAGCAGGGGAUUCUGGUUAUUCACAAAGACCUUGGAUUAUGACUCCAAUAUUAAAUGCUCCACAAGGGUCUCGAGAGGAAUUGUACACCACUCGUCAUGUGCAAGCCAGGACAUGCAUUGAGCGCUGCUUCGGAUUACUGAAAACACGUUGGAGGUGUUUGCUUCGUGACAGGGUCCUUCAUUAUCAUCCCACUGUUGCCAGCAAAAUAACACUUGCAUGUUGUGUGCUACACAACAUCUCGGUUCAUGUACAUUUGCCAGCUCCAAGUGAUAUCCUGCUACUGUAA